CUACAGCAAAUAUAGCCUGUGUAUUAGCAAAUCUACAAUGCAGUUUAUAUAUGUAUAUAUUUUAUUCUCGUGCGAUAUAAGAGCUCUUGAAAAGUCGGGCGCUAUAGUAAGCUUUACUAUAAGGAUUGAUCAUGACAGAAACGUUGGAGUUUACGCCGGUAUAUGACGAUGCCACUACGAAAUUCCUGCAGAAUGAAUUUACAAGACUUAAAGGCGAAUGUUACGUGGAUCACGCGGGCGCAACUUUAUAUUCGGAUACACAGAUUAGAAAAGUCGGCGCCGAUCUGCAUGGCUCUCUCUAUGCUAAUCCGCAUUCUAUUGGUAUCGGAAGUUCUUCGACACAGGAUAUUAUCGAGCGUAUGAGAUAUCGGAUUUUGAACCACUUCAAUACGACUCCCGAUGAAUACAGCAUUAUUUUCACUUCGGGCGCCACAGCGAGUCUAAAGAUAAUCGCGGAAGGAUUUCGUUUCAAGGCGAAAACGACAACUCGGCAUAAGGGAAAUUUUGUUUACGUGCAAGAUAAUCAUACAUCAGUACUCGGGAUGCGAGAUGUAGUCGCUGCUAGAGAUGCCGAAGUCAUUUGUCUUGAUCAUAAUCAGGCAUUUCGUGUUUUCGGCCAGCAUGCAACCUCUCGCGAUCCCGAUGAAAGUCAGAGCAGCAAUUCUCUUUUUGUGUAUUCUGCACAAUGCAAUUUUUCCGGAAUGAAAUAUCCCCUUAAAUGGAUCAGAGAUGCGCAUACCGGAGCGCUUUCCAUUGUUGUUAGUGAACCAUCGACUAGGUGGUAUGUUCUACUCGAUGCGGCUGGCUUCGUUCCAACGAAUAAUUUGGAUUUAUCUAUUUUCAAACCAGACUUUGUGUGCGUAUCCUUUUAUAAAAUGUUUGGCUAUCCCACUGGAAUUGGCGCCUUGCUAGUUAAGAAUUCCAGUUCGGACAUUUUGGACAAGAUUUAUUACGGUGGUGGUACCGUGGAUGUCGCUCUCAGUUCUGAAAUGUUUCACAAAAAACGUCAAGUAUUACAUCAAAGAUUCGAAGAUGGGACCGUAUCGUUUUUAUCCAUCGUAUCAUUACAAUAUGGUUUUGAAAUAUUUUCAAAGCUUACCAUGGAUCAAAUAUCAAGGCAUGUUUUCUCUCUCGCCAAAACUUUGCAUCAUUCCUUGCUAACAUUACAUCAUUAUAAUGAUAAACCAGUUGUAAAACUAUACUCUGAUUCUGACUAUGAAAAUCGCAGCACACAAGGAGGUAUUGUUACAUUUAAUCUCAUCCGAUCCAAUGGUGAAUAUGUAGGAUAUAUGGAAGUCGUAAAUAUGGCAGCACUAUUUAAAAUACAUCUCAGAACAGGGUGUUUUUGUAAUCCUGGUGCAUGUCAAAGACUUUUAUCCCUUUCUACUAAAGAAAUUCUUCAAAACUAUGAAGCAGGAUAUACAUGCAGUGGCACUGCAGAUUUAAUAAAUGGAAAACCGACCGGAGCAGUAAGAAUCUCCUUUGGAUAUAUGUCUACGAUUAAAGAUGUUCAGACAGUUUUACUUAUGAUCACGAGAUGUUUCAUCGACAAACCGUGUAUCAGAAAAUUUCCACAAUGGUGGGAAGAUCAUAAAAUCAAAGUUAAUCAAAAAUACAGGCACUUUCAUAAUUCUAAUAUUUUAGAUUAUUCAAUUCCAUGUAUUACAAAUACUGAGAAAAAUAAUACAAACACUAAUCUGCGAAAUAAUUGUCAUAAUAAAAAUGAAAGCAAUUGUGUUAUAAACCCUGACAGAAUAAUUACACAAGUAAACAAAUGUACUUUGCAACAGUUAUUUAUCUAUCCUAUCAAAUCAUGUGGUGCAUAUGAGAUAAUAGAUUCAUGGAAUCUGAAUUCAAAGGGUCUAGAAUACGAUAGAGAAUGGAUGAUAAUAACAUCAUCUGGAACUUGUUUAACGCAAAAACACUAUGUGAAUUUAUGUUUGCUUAAACCUAUUAUUUUCAAAAAACAGGGGAUUAUGAAAUUAACAUAUCCAGGAAUGCCAACAAUUCAAAUACCUUUAGAAAAUACUUAUGAAAAGUCACCAGAACAUCCUAUAUGUCAAAGCAGAGUAUGUGAAAGUAGAGUACAAGGUAUUGAUUGUGGUUUAGAAGUUUCUGAGUGGUUAAGCUUGGCAUUGGGCAAACCAAAUCUUAGAUUAAUUCGACAAAGUCAUGAGAGACAUAAGAAAGGAAUAAACAAGACAGAACUAUCAUUUUCUAGUCAAGCACAGUAUUUGGUAAUAAAUGAAGCAAGCGUGUCGUGGCUUGUUGAUAAGGUAUCUGAUGAUACAAAUUUCAAAAAAGAUACAACUGUGCAUAGAUUCCGAGGAAACAUUAUUGUAAAAGGCUGCAAUGCUUUUGAUGAAAUACAAUGGAAAUAUAUUCGCAUAGGAAAUAAUAAUUUCAAAGUAAAUGGCCCCUGUACAAGAUGUCAAAUGAUAUGCAUUGAUCAAACAACUGGAAAAAAAACUAUUGAGCCAUUAAGAACGUUAGCGGAAGAAUUCCAUGGAAAGCUGAGAUUUGGAAUUUAUUUAACCCGAUUGGAGAAUACACAAGGUAUACUUAAAAUUGGUGAUCAUAUUUAUUAUUCCUAAAUGAAUAAGUAUAUGAAAUAAUUUCUAAAUGAGUAAUUAUAUAUCUAAACUUUAUACACACAUUGAAAUUGAACAUAAACAAACUCUAGAAGAAUCCCUAAAUGUAUUUUAUCAAAUAUUAAAAGUAAACCAGUUAUAAUAGAUAAGUAAUUAAUAGAUAAGUUUCUUUUUAAACAUAGAAAAAAUUGUAAAAUAAAUUUACUUUGUAUACCUGUGAUUUGUAAUAAAAAGUAUUUGUACUGUGUUAUUA